GCAAGCUGCUCACUCAGGGGACCCAUGAGCAGAGGAGCCACCCUUCAGCGCAGGACCACCUACCACAUUUCAUUGACCCUAGUCAAAUUAGAGGCUGUAGGAGAGGACAAAAAAGCAGAGAGCACUGAGGUAUACCGAAGACAUGACACCCCCUCUCUUGGAAGCACCCCUGGAUUGGCCCAUUGCCUAUCACUGGAUAGGGAAUUUUCGGAUGUCUGGGCAUGGGGAGGGCCCUCUUCUGGUUCCGGGGUGAGUGGAGGAAAAGAACGGUCUACCACAGAAGCCAGUUUACCUGUGAUUAACAGCAGCGUGGAGACAAGUGUGACAGCAAAGGUGACUUCAGGUACUAACAAUGCAUCACCACCAGUUCCUUCAAAAUCUGUCCCACCUGAAGCUGAAACAUUGGCUCCAAGGCAAGCAGAAUCUGCACAUAGUACUGCUACGGUGCUUAAAGAGAAGGCCACAGGAAUUGCCAGUUCCUCAGGUUUGGAAAUGGGGGCCAAACACAAAAGCGAUACAUCGUCUUCACUACCGGGAGAAGGAGAUGCUUCAGCUAAUAUCAACGGCACUGCAAAAGAAACAGCAACGAUCCCCGAGACAUCAAGUAUUGUGGGUCACUUGUCUCAAGAAGUUGCCAGUGCAGAAUGUACAACAAACAAACCAACGCCAUUAGCAACCGAAACAUCGGGAGCCACUGGGAAAUCUCAACCUUCAGUCCCCAAAGAGGUAAAGAGUAAUACUAUGGCAUCUAGUAUUCCAGUACCAGCACCAACUGAUAAGGAUACAGGGUCAUCAAGUGCUACAACUCAGAAACAGGAUCAAAAGAGUUCUCAAGCAGCAAGUAAUGCAACUUCAGUACAGGGAGACAAUCGCACAGGUGCACCCAGCAGUGGAGACCCUUCUGCGCAAAACACCAAAUCUUCAGGAGCUCCAGCACCAGCAAUGAAAGACACCAGAACAGCUAGUGCUCCAGUGCCAUUUAGUCAAAGGGAAUUUCGCUUUGGAGAAGUGCGGGUAGUUCGAGGAUCUCUCAUCAGAAGACCAGCACUGGAUACUGAUGUGUCCAGGGAUUUAGUAUGCAGUCCUUUAACACCAGUGUCUGGUUCCAGAUUCACUGAGGGUGUCAGCCCUGAGAAACCAGUUACCGAAUCUAGAAUUACCCGUCGCAGUUUAAAGGCAAUAAAGGUACCAGCUGUAUCAUCUGACUCGCCACCACACAUAAGUGCUUUACCAGUUUCUACGGAGAAGUCUAUCAACAUUUCUGAAAAUAUUGACAAACCAUGUGCAGUGUCAUCUAGCAUACCCCGUGUUACAGCUCCUCCAAUAAGUGCUGCCCGCACUGCAUCAGCAUUGUUUUCUGCAUCCCGAUCUGCAGGAGCCCCUGUUAUUGCUGCAAAGCCUAGUGAGGCCAAAAUAAUUGCUGCGAGAACUGCUGCAAGAGGAUCUAAGGGAUCAACUGCAGGGGCAGGAAGCGAAGAGUCUACAGGAAGCAAAGCAACAAAAAGUGGGGAUACUGGCACAUAUCCUGGAGCAAAACCACCUGUUACUGUAUCCAAAACUGUACCUACUGUCACACCAGUUAAAGCCCCAAGUAUUAUUACUAAACCAGUGACUUUAUCUAGUGACACUGUACCAACACCAGCCCCUAGAAAUAAACCUUCAUCUACUGCAAAAGCUCCAAUGACUGGCACAGGAACAUAUCCAGGAGCCAGAUCACAGAAUAUCGGGACUAAAUCUCCAGGUGGCAAAGCAACUAGUGAUAGGCCCGUUACCUUGAUAGAAAACAAGACUUCAAGCCCCAGCAAGCUAACAUCAACCACACAAAAGACUAGAGAAUCUACGCUCGUCGUGUCCGUUUCACCCUGUGGUGAUGUGUGCACCUCUUUGCAUGGUGAGGAGGAAGAUCUCACCCCAGACAGUGACGAUCCCGGAAAGAGUAAGCGUCACGAAAGAUUGUUUCACAGGCAGAAUGCUAUGUGGAUCAGCACUAGUGUCACCUCUGACUACUUUCUUCAGAAUUCUCCUAGUCGGCUUGGCGGAAGCCCUCGGCAGCAUUCAAGUCCUACUUUUUUUUCUGGGCCCAGAUAUUCCUUCAGCUCUCCAUCCAGUCCACUUUUGCCUAUACCCUGCCAACCUGGAACACCAUAUCGUGAAGCACCAGUGACCGUGUCCCUCUUAAUCAGUCCAGACAGGUCUGGAGAAUCUCAGAAGAACAACUCACAAGUGGAUAGCAAGACCAAAGCUCCAGGUACUCCAAUAAUAGGAUUAACAGGAUUGUCUGGGCCUCCUGAGCAAGUAAAGAUGACUCCUGUUCUAUUAACACCAUGUAAAGAAAAAGGGAGUAGAAUUCUCAAACUCACCAAGGCCUCUAAAAGUCAAGUGGAAAAAUCGGAGCCCCGUGAAAAAAGUCAAAGCCAAAAAAGUGGCUCCAACCGAUUGUCCUGGCCUGAAAAUGAAGGAAGUAAAAGUCGUUCAAAGUCCUCCUCAAAAAGCAGCCCAAGAGCAGAGACUCCAAAACUUUCUGGGGGUGGAAAAAACCUGUUGUCUCCAUCCUCAUGUGACCCCAAAGCAUUUAGAAAGGGAAAAAGCAGGACAGUGGACAACAGUGACCUAGACCUACUACCUGAAGAUUUGAAGAAACAAGGGAAGGAGGGAGCAUCUCCUACUGGGGACAAGGCCAAGACUGCAGCUAGGGACAGGAAGAUGCUGAAGUUCAUUAGUGGUAUCUUCACCAAGUCUACUGUGGCCUCUUCCGUCUCCCCAAGUGGAUUAAGUCCUGGAGAUGAGAGAGAUUUUGAAAAAUGUGUAAUCAAUAGCCAAGAAUGGACCCUCAGUCGCACAGUACCAGAAAUACGUGUGGGAGUUCUGGGUAAUGUCAAAAGUGCAAAAUCUUCUCUGGUUCACCGAUUUGUUACUGGAUCCUAUCUGCCAUUAGAGGCACCAGAAAGUGAUCAGUUCAAGAAAGAGAUUAGUGUGGAGGGCCAAAGCUACCUACUGCUGAUUAGAGAAGAAGCGGGGGCACCAGAUGCAAAGUUUUCCAACUGGGUGGAUGGCGUCAUCUUCGUGUUCAGCCUGGAGAAUGAGGCAAGUUUUCAGGACAUAUUCCAGUAUUAUGCUCUCCUGGCAAACUAUCGUAACGUGUCGGACAUUGCUGUGGCAUUGGUGGGAACUCAAGAUAAAAUCAGCUCCAACAACCCCAGGGUGAUUGAAGAUGUGCGAGCCAGAGGUCUGUGCAAUGACAUGAGGCGAUGUAUGUACUAUGAGACAUGCGCCACCUAUGGGUUAAAUGUGGAUCGAGUCUUCACCGAAGUUGCUCAGAAGGUCUUAUCGCUGAAGAGACAGCAACAGCUACUAUCAUGCAAGUCAUUACCCAGUUCUCCAAGUCAUUCCGGUGGUUCCACUCCAUUAUCAGUGCAGACUAGUAAUGGAGGACCAGGAAACGACUACUCUUCGUCAUUGCCUUCUACCCCAAACAUCAGCCACAGAGAGCUGCGCAGUGAGGUGUCCAUCGCAGUCAGCACACCAGGGCCACUUCAUCGUGGAGCUAAGCGACGUACAAGCCUUUUCCCAACCCGAAGGGGCAGUGAUAUGGAGAAGAGGAGUUUUGAUAGUCGAGGUGACCCCAUCACUGGCGGCCGAGCUCUGCCUAUCAAACAGAGCUUUUUAAUGAAACGCAGUGGUAAUUCUCUGAACAAGGAGUGGAAGAAGAAGUAUGUUACAUUGACAAGUAAUGGAGUAUUGCUCUAUCAUCCAAGUAUUAAUGACUACUUGCACAACACACAUGGGAAGGAGAUGGACCUUUUGAGGACAACAGUGAAAGUGCCUGGAAAGAGACCUCCUAGAGCUAUUUCUUCUUGCGGCCCAUCAGCCAGUAUAAAUGGCUUAUUAAAAGAUGUUAGCAGUCCCACAGUGACUGAUACACCAACUAACAGGCCACCAACAACAAAGAGCAGCUCCACUGGGGAUGUGAUUUCCAGCCCAUCCAGCAACAAGGAGCCUCCACCAUCACCACUAAGUGACAAAAAGAAAAAGGGGAGGAAGAAAAACAUGACUCCCUCAAAAACAGAGGGCUCAGCAGGACAGGCAGAUGCCAAGCGCAAAAUGUGGAAAUUAAAAACAUUUGGUAGUUUAAGAAACAUUUAUAAAACAGAAGAGAACUUUGAAUUCAUCAUUGUAUCAAGUACUGGACAAACAUGGCAUUUUGAGACCGGCAGUUUUGAAGAAAGGGAUUCCUGGGUACAUGCCAUCGAAAGUCAGAUCCUUGCAAGUCUACAGUGCUGUGAAAGUAGCAAAAACAAGGCUCGCUUGGACAGUCAAAGUGAAGCUGUAGCCAUCCAAGCUAUCCGCAACGCAAAAGGGAAUAAUUUCUGCGUAGACUGCAAUGCACCAAAUCCUACUUGGGCCAGCUUGAAUCUGGGUGCCCUGAUCUGCAUUGAAUGCUCUGGAAUCCAUCGGAAUCUUGGAACACAUUUGUCCCGAGUGCGCUCCUUGGAUCUUGAUGACUGGCCCCUUGAGCUGACUCUGGUCCUGACAUAUAUUGGCAAUGAAAUGGCUAACAGCAUCUGGGAGAUGACAACUCAAGGUCGGACUAAGCCACAUCCUGACUCUUCCAGGGAAGAGAGAGAAUCAUGGAUCCGAGCAAAGUACGAGCAGCGUUUAUUUUUGGCUCCUUUAAAAAGCCCAGGGGUGCCACUUGUCAAACAGCUGUUCAAAUCAGUUCAAGAAAAGAAUCUGCCCAAUGUCUUACUUCUGCUGGCACACAGUAAUAAGGAACAGAUCAAUAGCCCCACCGGAGAUCGGGACAGGCGCACCGCUCUUCAUAUGGCCUGUGAGCUGCCUAAUGUGGUGAUGACACAGCUGCUAGUCUGGUAUGGAGUUGACGUAAAGGCCAAGGACGUUAAUGGUCACACGGCGCUCUUUUAUGCUAGGAAAUCUGCAAAUCAAGAGUGUGUGGACAUUCUACUUCAACAUGGAUGCCCUAAUGAGCCCUCGAGUUCCAUGAGUACCCCAAUUCAGAGAAGGAAAAGCAGCUGUUCUAGCAUUUUAAGAACUGAUUCCCGGACUGCCCUUGUAUAGCCAGCCACACUGUCAUGAAGAAAGCUGGCUUCAAAUCAGUGACUUUGUAACCAGUCAAAAACUUGUCUGGUUGCUUUUCCGUGCCAAUGUAUAAGAAAAAAAGCAAGAAUUUAUCUGUAUAUAAGGAUGGGAUAUGUAUAUUUUGAAGUAAGUUACUGAAGAAAUGCCAACCAUCUUAAUAAUAUUCCCAUAUUGUAAUGUUUUAAUCUUUUUCUGCCCUUCUUGCUGUAAUCCAGCAUAGUAGUAUUUAAUGCCUUAAUUCUUUCAUUAGUGAAAGAACCAUCAAUUUGAACACUCCCUUCUGUCAAUGUUUACAGCAGGAUAAUGUCUUCUGAGCACAGGCAAACACCCUUAUUUUGAUUGCCACAUCCUAUGAUCAAGCUGAAUUCUUAUAUCGAUUUCCAAUUACUUUUUGGCUCAUAAAAUGUAUUAACAGGGUCAGCUAGUUACUGGAGCAGGAUCUUGUGUCAUAUAUUGAGAUCAAAUACAAUAUGGAACACCUUAAGCUCAAAGACAGUUAAUAGUGUUACAGAUUUGGAGGAUUUUAUUAUAUUUUAAAGUUGUUCACCUCAUUGUUGAGCUCUACACACAAUAUCCUUUGCAGUAGGAUUACAAUAGGCACCAAAAAAAUAUAUAUGCGUGUUAACGAAAACAUAACAUGUUCUGCUAUGCUUGAUGGAAGUAUUCUGUUGAUGGCUACAGACAGAGCCCAUUGCAUAAAGCAACACUUCUGUUUGAAACACUAGAAAGUUCAAAACCAUUUACAAGCAUAAAAAUAAAA